UAGGAUUUUAACUCGUUGAUUUACACUAUUUGAUCUUGAAACAGGUGAAAAUUCAGGCCCUUUUAUAAUUGGGCAAGUUAAUUGAUAUAUGUGGGUUGAUUUUGCUAUGUUAAACCCUCCCCCUUUCUAGAAACCCCUUCCCUAAAAUCAUUAUUUUAGAUAACGCUUGCGGGUUAAACAAAAAAAAAAGAAAAAAAAAAAAAAAAAAAAAAGAGAGAGAGAGAGAUAUAGUGGGGUAAGUUCAUGGUAACUAUUUGGGAUAUCGCAGCCACUAAGCCCACCACCUUCACGUUUCCAUUUUUUCCUCCCACACGCCCACGUUAAUUACACUGUGCACGUAUUAUAUAUAACUGAUUUAACAACUGUUCGCUAUUAGACUAAACACAAAUUAAAGACUUGUUCCUUGUAAGUUCAGUUCCUCAUUAUCAUCACACAUUGAAAAGAAAAAAAAAAGUCUUAACUUCUCUCUAGCAGCUAGCCAAAAUUUCCUCUAUCUAGCUGAGCUCUUUAAUUGAUUGCCUUGCCCCUGUGAUUACUGAUCAUGGCUUUCACAUGUUUUCGUAACGUGCUCAUCAUCUCAAUAUUAGUUACGACUUCUCUUCAAUUCAUGCAUGUGUCAUCCUUGGAAUUCCAAGUUGGUGACACUACUGGUUGGGCUGUUCCUCCCGCAAAUGUCACCAAUUUCUACAACAAUUGGGCUUCCCAAAUGAGGUUCAAAAUCGGCGACACCAUCCGUUUCAAGUACAAGAAGGACUCAGUGAUGGAGGUGUCAGAGAAAGAAUACAAGAAAUGCAACUCAACGCGGCCCCAUUUCUUUUCCAACACAGGGAACACGAUGUUCACGUUAGAGCAUUCUGGUUAUUUCUAUUUUGUGAGUGGAGCAGCAGGACACUGUGAGAGAGGACAGCGAAUGAUCGUAAGGGUUCUGGUGCAAGAUGUGAUCGGUGAAGCUACUUCUGCAGCCUCAGUUACAACAUUCAUGUCAUUGCCACUCUUUGAACAACUUUGUGCUCUUCAGCUUCUUGUCUUUCUUCUCGGUUCACUUGUCUACUAGCUAGUUAGAUCUUUAAUUUAACCAAUUUGUUGCUGCUUUAUGUUGAACUGCGUUUUGGGUUUUGUAUUGGUUAAUUACUUAGGGGUACAUUGUUUUUCUUCUGCAUAGACACUUUGUGGGAAUUGAUUAUUUUGAAUUUCAUCUAGAUAU